AUGGGCCUGCGUAGGAAGCCGCAAGCCUGGCUCGAGUUUAUGAUGAGGUUUGAGCUGGGACUUGAGAAGCCAUACCCUAGAAGAGCCCUGCAGAGCGCUCUUACGAUAGCGCUCUCCUACGUUGUCGGCGGGUUGGUCCCACUCAUGCCCUACAUGCUCAUUCCCACUGGUCAUGACGCAAUGCGCACAUCGGUCGUGCUCACACUUGUGGCACUCUUCUUUUUCGGCUAUGUCAAGGGCCGCUUCACUGGAAGCCGCCCCCUCUUCAGUGCCCUCCAGACUACUUUUAUCGGUGCAGUUGCUUCUGCCGCGACAUACAGAAUCGCCAAAGUUGUGCAAGCCUGA